CACCGGGUUGUAAAAUUCUCGCGAGAUCGUGAUCACUUCCUCUUUGAGCGGAACUAGCGUCCAAGAUGUCGCUCGUCAUUCCAGAGAAGUUCCAGCACAUUCUUCGUGUUCUCAACACGAACAUCGACGGACGGCGUAAAAUCGCCUUUGCCAUCACCGCCAUCAAGGGUGUGGGGAGGCGAUACGCUCACGUCGUCCUGAGGAAAGCUGAUAUUGACCUGACCAAAAGGGCUGGAGAGCUGACUGAAGAUGAGGUCGAGCGGGUGGUGACCAUCAUGCAGAACCCUCGCCAGUACAAAAUCCCCGACUGGUUCCUCAACAGACAGAAGGAUAUCAAAGACGGCAAAUACAGUCAGGUUCUCGCUAAUGGUCUGGACAACAAACUGAGAGAAGAUCUGGAGAGACUGAAGAAGAUCAGGGCCCACCGUGGUCUCCGUCACUUCUGGGGUCUGCGUGUGCGUGGUCAGCACACUAAGACCACCGGUCGUCGUGGUCGUACCGUAGGUGUGUCCAAGAAGAAGUAAACUUGCAAUAAAAGUCCACAAAUCACA